AUGUGGGGUGCAAGACUCCGACCACUGCCUCUACGGUGGAUUCCAGUUCGCAGUCGAGCUCUUUCAAGUUUGCGAGGCGCAGGUACUCGCCGCGGUCCUCGGAAUAGCGUUUACAGACCCGAGCCCAUUCAGCCUAGAAAGAGAGAAAAUGAAGCACCACAGCAGCCAGAGAACGUCACGUCUCAAUCCCAAGAUGCUGCAAACUCCAACUACGACCCUUCGCAAAACACCCUCCUUUCUCCCGUGCAUAUCCCGGAAGACCCGAAAGCCGUGCUUAAAGGGAACCAUCCGGCAACGGCGAUCCUGGCUAAUUCCGGGGUGGUAGUUCAACGACAACUGGAGAUGAUGAAUGUAAUGAUAGGGUUCGAGCAAGCCAACAAAUACGUCAUUAUGGAUGCUCAAGGGAAUCACAUUGGAUAUAUGGCGGAGCAGGAGAAAGGAAUCGCCAACGCGAUGGCGCGCCAGUGGUUUCGCACUCACCGGGGCUUCGUGACGCAUGUGUUUGAUCGGCAAGAAAAUGAGGUUCUUCGGUUCCAUCGCCCUUUUUCCUGGAUCAACUCCCGCAUUCAAGUCUACGAUCCCCUCGACAUCACGGCUAACGCCUACUCGCCCUCUACUGCCUUGCAAGGCGAGACCCCCAGGUCUCUGGUUCAAGCCGGCGUGACAUCAAAUGCUCGAGUCUCGCCCCUCGGGUUUGAUGAGAUGCGAGUCAUUGGGGAAGCUCAACAACAGUGGGCUCCAUUACGGCGAAAAUAUAAUAUGUUCACCUACCACCAGCCACCCAACCAAGCAACAAAUAUGGGCACCCAGAAAUUCCCCCUCGAGGGAUCUGAUCUGUCGAAGCCGCAACAGAUGCAACUCGCGCAACUAUCUCAACGUGACCAGGGCGAGUUCAACCAGUUUGCUUACGUUGAUGAGCCGUUCCUUUCCUGGGACUUCUCUCUGCGGUCCGCAGACAGUCGCCUAAUCGGAUCCGUCAAUCGCGACUUUGCGGGGUUUGCCCGUGAGUUCUUUACAGAUACUGGUGUUUAUGCAUUGCGCAUGGACUCCGCGGGACUUGGUCAUGAACCAUCACCCAACCAUGACAGGAAGACCCCCGGAAUGACGCUGGACCAACGCGCCGUGAUGUUGGCUACGGCGGUGAGCAUCGACUUUGAUUACUUCAGUCGGCAUAGUGGGGCUGGGGGCAUGGGCUUCAUGCCGCUCUGGUUCCCGGGGAUCGGUGGUGAGGCUGCGGCCGGCGAAGCAGCGGCAGGGGGCGCCGCCGGUGGUGCUGCUGCCGGGGAAGCUGGAACAGUUGGUGAAGCUGCUACCGGGGCUCUUGGCCGGGCCAGUGCCGCCGGUGGGAUGACAGAGGGUAUUGCUGCAGGUGCCGCUGGUGCUGGGACCAUGGCUGGAUAUGAGGCAAUGCAAAGGGGUGUGUCGGGUGAUCCCAAUGCCCAAUCCACGCCCGAUCAGCACGGUGCGCCACCAGAAGACCUGCAACAACCUGCAGAUCAGGGUCCCUAUGACGAUUUCUGGUCGCAGGAGCCGCCGCAAGAUCCCUGGGGUGCUGAAGAAUCCGGGGACGAAGGAGGCGACGAUUUUGACUGGUUUUGA